AUGCACAUAAUUAGGGUUGCCAGUUUGGCGGUACUCCUGGUAUGCUGCAACACAAAUGGGAAAAGUAUUUUCCGAAAAAGGAAAAUUAUUUAUGGUUCCCCCCAUUUGCUAAAUGCCCCUGAUGAUGAAGCGAUCAAGUUCCCCCCCCUGGACAAUUUAAAAGCAAAGGAAUCGCCCAGCAGCAACGACGACGGUGUGUAUGCGAAGGGUAGCCACUUUGUCGGGAAGGGAAGCACGAGUAAUUUGGGGGACGUGAAAAAUGGGUCGUUCAUUCUUUUAAGUGAGAAGGUGAAAGACAUCUCCUCGGACGAGGAGGAAGAGGAGGAGGAUGGCCACGACAAUGCUGACCAUGUGAAUAACAACGUGAAUUCACAUAACCAUACGGACGACACCAGCGAGAGCGAAAGCGAGGACGAGCACAAUAACAACGAGAAGGACCACGCGGAAGGUGAUCAUGAGCACCUGCACAACGGCUACAGCCCCGACGAGAACGGGAACUACGACGUGAAUGGCGACGUGAAUGGCGACGUGAACGGAAACGUGAACGGAAGCAUGAACGGAAACAUGAACGGAAAUAUGAACGGAAAUAUGAACGGAAACAUGAACGGAAAUAUGAACGGAAAUAUGAACGGAAAUAUGAACGGAAAUAUGAACGGAAAUAACAACAACAUGAACAACAACAUGAACAACAAUAACAACAACAACAUGAACGGCAACGGCGCUUUUACGGCCCUUCCGCCUCCACCCCCGCCUGUGGUGCACCACCCCCCACCUGCACCCAUGACCCCCUCGGGCAUCGUCGGCCACGUCGUGUCAAACGUCUUCUCCGCUGGGCUGAAGCUGUUUGGCGUGCCGUAG